CACCCACCCUUUCCUUGGCGAGAAGACCUUUUUCCACAAACCCCAUAUACUCACGCCUCACGCCUCACGCCAUUCUCAAAACUAACUCAAAUCCCUCAUAAAUCCAUUCAUUCUUUAUCCUUCAUCACUGAAUCACUUCAUCCUAAAUUCUACUUCUCAAUAUUCAUCUUCUUCCUUGCUGCACCAAUCACUCUUUCAUCGUUAGUAUCAAGCAUUGCAAUUUUCGUAAUCUAAUCGACAAUGGAAGACACCGAUUCCCAAUCAAAACCAGAUCUAACCGAUGUAGACUCCGAAAUUCCCAAUUCCAACACCAACAACAACGAUACCUCGUUGGAAACAAUCGUUCGGAGUUUCCAAGAUUCAAUGUCUGUAACCAAACAGCACAAAUUCUGGGAAACUCAACCGGUUGGUCAAUACAAAGAUCUUGGAGACUCAACCUUACCUGAAGGACCGAUUGAGCCACCAACGCCUUUAUCAGAAGUCAAACAAGAGCCUUACAAUCUUCCAGCUGCUUAUGAAUGGACAACCUGCGACAUGGAUUCUGAAGAAACAUGUGACGAGGUUUAUCUUCUUUUGAAGAAUAACUAUGUUGAGGAUGAUGAGAACAUGUUUAGGUUUAACUAUUCUAAGGAGUUUCUUACAUGGGCUUUGUGUGUUCCUGGGUAUUUUAAGAGUUGGCAUAUCGGGGUUCGCGCGAAAGGGUCGAAGAAAUUGGUUGCUUUUAUAACUGGUAUUCCUGCUAGGAUUAGGGUUAAUGAUAAUGUGGUGAAAAUGGCUGAGAUUAACUUUUUGUGUGUUCAUAAGAAACUUAGGUCGAAGAGGCUUGCGCCGGUUAUGAUUAAGGAGGUUACUAGGAGGGUUCAUUUGGAGAAUAUUUGGCAAGCGGCUUAUACGGCUGGGGUUGUUCUUCCGACCCCGGUUGCUACUUGUCAGUAUUGGCAUAGGUCGUUGAACCCGAAGAAGCUUAUUGAUGUUGGGUUUUCGAGGCUUGGUGCUAGGAUGACGAUGAGUCGGACUAUUAAGCUUUAUAAGUUGCCUGAGUCGACGGUUACUAGUGGGUUUAGGAAAAUGGAGCUGAGGGAUGUACCUGCGGUUACGCGGUUGCUUAGGAAUUACUUGGGGCAGUUUGUUGUUGCGCCUGAUUUCGAUGAAAAUGAUGUUGAGCAUUGGCUUCUUCCGCAUGAGGAUGUUGUCGAUAGUUACUUGGUUGAGAGUCCUGAGAACCACGAGAUCACUGAUUUUUGUAGCUUUUACACAUUGCCUUCUUCCAUCCUUGGAAAUCAGAGUUACUCAAUUUUGAAAGCUGCUUAUUCUUACUAUAAUGUGGCUACUAAAACUCCACUGCCUCAGUUGAUGAACGAUGCGAUGAUCGUGGCAAAGCAGAAGGAUUUCGAUGUUUUCAAUGCCUUGGAUGUGAUGCAUAAUGAAGGUUUCCUUAAAGAUCUCAAGUUUGGACCUGGAGAUGGACAGCUUCACUACUACUUGUACAAUUAUAGGAUUCGUAAUGCCAUGAAACCGUCCGAACUCGGGCUUGUGCUCUUGUAGCCAGAUAUGUUUUUUUCAGUUUUGUUAUGCCAUUUGGAUAAACCAUUAAUUUGUUCUGUUUUAUUAGCUUGUUGUUUCAACUAAACACCAUUUAUUGUUCCAUUGAAACAUUGGCAAUUUAACAUAUUCUUGCAGAGUAUGUGAAAAAGCUUAUCUUUUGGUGACUUUCUUCUGGUAAUAUGCUUACAUUGCAAAAUUAUGAAGUUGCUAUA